AUGCCGGCUCGCCGGCUCCCGAAGUGCGUCUCCGACAGGGCGAGGGUGAGCGAGCUCAUCGGGCGGUUCACGGAGGGCAGCGGGGAGCGCGAGGCGCCUGUACACGCGCUCCGCAAGGCGCUGUUCCUCAUCGCGGCGGACUGCAAGGCGUCAUACGCGAGCUUGACGGUGCUGUCCAGCGACCAGGCUUUCUACAUGACGCUCGGCGCCGUGGGCAGCUGCACGCAGGCCGUCUCCCAGCCCGUCGUCGCAUGCCCAGUUGCCGGCUCGGGCGGCUGCCUGGAGGACGCGCUGAGGGCCGCGGGCGAAGCGUCCACCGCCAGCGAGUCGGCCAGCGGCGCCGGCGCGCACGGCGCGUCCCUCAUUUCGUAUGUCGCCCCCGACGCGGCGGCCGGCGCGGGCGCGGGCGCGGGUGCUGGCGGCGCGGCGCAGCCGCCGGCCGACUGGCAACCGCUGGUCAAGGCCGGGCUCAAGGCGCUGUACGGCGUGUGCAUCCGCGGCGGCCCCAAGGAGCAGCUGCUGGGCAUGCUAAACAUGGGGUUCGCCCAGCCGGCGGAGCAGGAGCUCAAGUUGCAUCCGCCUCCUGCGGGCGCCUAG